UAGGACGAGAGUGUACCGUAAACGGUUUUGGAGACCAUGCCGGUACGCACGUCGGCGGCGAGUCUUCUCAUCAGAUUACUCAUACUGGAAACGAUUACACCAUGAAUGAGAAGUGUUGCGCGCGUUACAUUAGGUGUAGGUAUUUGAUCUGAUCGGUGCUUAGCGCGGUGGUUAUAACUUCGUUGCAGUGACAAUAUUUUUUAAUUUUUUAGUUAUAAAGACAUAUUUUCUUGAGGUUUUAGUGUGAGUUUAAUGAUGGACGUACCGGCGAAGGGAAAUAUUUUCGGACGAUGCCUCCCCGCUCGCUACAUUCUAGCGGUCCUCGGCUCCAUUGGGAUGGCCAUCAUUUACGGGUUAAAGGUCAACCUGUCAGUCACCAUGGUCAGCAUGCUGAACAACACGGCCAUCAAGAGCCUGACAGGAGAGAAGGCGGUCUCGAGCACAGAUAAUAGCACAGCAACAUGUGGUGGGGACGUGGCUGCUGAGGACGCGGAGGAUGGACCUUUCAUCUGGAUGCCUGAAGUACAAGGCAUGAUCCUCAGUUGCUACUUCUGGGGAUAUUUGGUGUCACAACUUCCUGGUGCCCGUAUCGCAGAGCUCUUCUCAGCAAAAUGGGUGAUGUUCUUCAGUGUUGCCAUCAACGUUGUAGGGACAUUACUCACUCCUGUAAUGGCGGAGACUCACUACGCGGGCGUCAUCGUCAUGAGAGUCGCUGAAGGCGUCGGUGGGGGAGUAACAUUUCCGGCUAUGCACGUGCUUUUGUCGAAAUGGGCGCCGCCAGCUGAACGCAGCGUGAUAUCAGCAUUGGUUUACGCGGGAACCUCUCUUGGCACCGUCAUCUCUAUACUGAUGGCUGGGAUUCUGGCUGCUAAAGUCGGCUGGGAGAGCGUGUUCUACGUGAUGGGAGGUCUGUCCAUCAUAUGGAUGGUGCUGUGGACGAUCCUGGUCAAGGACUCCCCGCAACAGCAGCCCCUGAUCAGUGUCGAGGAGAGGGAGAUGAUCGUCACCUCGCUGGGAGGCAGCACUGCUGAUCAUUCUGAGCAUAAGAAACUGCCAAUCCCGUGGAAGGCCGUGCUGACUUCCCCGCCGUUCCUGGCCAUCCUGGUGUCGCACGUGUGCUCCAACUGGGGCUGGUACAUGCUGCUCAUCGAGCUGCCCUUCUACAUGAAGCAAGUUCUCAAGUUCAACGUGGCUGAGAAUGCAUCAGCAACGGCGCUCCCGUUCCUCUCGUUGUGGCUGUUCAGCAUGGCUCUCAGUAAGACCUUCGACUGGAUGCGAGGCAAGGGCUACAUCACCACCACCACGGCUAGGAAAAUCGGCACUUUAUUUGCGUCGGCGGUGCCCGCGCUGGCGCUGCUGUCGCUGAGCUACAUCGGCUGCGCGCGCGCCGCGGCGCUGGCGGCCACGGCGCUGGGCGUCACGGCCAUCGGCGGCAUGUUCUGCGGGUUCCUCGCCAACCACAUCGAUAUCGCGCCCAACUUCGCAGGUACUCUGAUGGCUUUAACAAACAGCGUGGCCACCAUACCAGGCAUCGUGGUACCUAUUUUCGUCAACUACCUCACUCAUGGAAAUCAAACUAUAUCAGCAUGGCGCGUGAUCUUCUUCGUGACAAUCGGCCUUUACGUCAUCGAGAUAUUAGCGUACACAAUCUUCGGCUCGGGCGAAGAGCAGCCCUGGAAUAAGGUCCCGGACGAGAAACAGGAACACGCUGAGAGCAAGCCACUUAAUGAGGAUGUUAAAGACGUUUAAAAUAAAGGAUCCUAGGUAAUACAAUGACGUGUAAAAGCUUUCCUUUAUGGCAAGGGAAAUAUGAAAAAUUAUAAUUUCAUUUCAUGCUGAACGUGGCCUAUAAGUCUUUUCAAGAUUGUUGGCUCUGUUUCCCCCGCAAGAGAUAUAGACGUGACUAUAUGUAUGUAUGUAUAAUUCAACAUUACGUUGAUAUCUGUAGGCUUAAUGAAAAUUACACACGCAUUAAGUGCUACGCAUAUUUUUAGGAACAAGGUCCCGUUUACUACUACCUUCUACAAAGGAAUACGAUUAUAAUAGAAAAAAACUUUCAAAGAGAUUUCACACAUAGUCAAUUGUUUUGUAAUGCAUCUCGAAUAUGUACUUAGCUUAAGUACUUCAUUAAAUACUUUAAAUUCUGAGAAUAAAAUUUAUAUCAAGUUAUUUUAAGAAUAAUGUAAGGCAAGAGAAUAAUUUAUCUGAAUAAUGUGCAUUUUAUAAGAUUUUAUAUAGUUUUUUUUUACAAUUAUUUCAAUAUGCCACUCCGUGGUAUCCAUGUAUUUUUUAUAAAAAAGUGGGUACUUAUAAUGAAAAGGAUGUGGAAAAAGGAUUAAUGUGUAUUUAUUGACGGAUUCAAUCAGAGAGGGUCGAGAAUUAAAGGGACUUGAAUCUAACCGUAUCUAAAUGAGGUGGGAGGGGGGGAGGGGUCUAUAUGUGAUAUCAUAUAAGGCAAAUCAACAAUAUAUGUAUUUAUAGAAAGCUAGUAAAUUUAAGAUUUGUUAUUUUGGGAUUGCCUUUUUAUGCAUUUUGUAAGUGGAUGAAACGCCAUUUGUGCCAUUUCUAUGACUGCAUUUGAAGAUUUUUAUAAUAUUGUUGUCUAUGUGUACUUAAAAAUAUGUAUUUUCCAAGAUUAUUAAAUAUUAUGAUAUCAGUAUUUUAUUGAAAUUAUUUCUUUAAUCUUUGUUAAACGAAUCUCGUAGCUAAAUGAUAAAAAAAAGAACUACUUUUUAGAUAAUCGCUUUGUAAGUCUAUUUUAAAUAGCUUUUGUAUGUGUUUUACUAUAGUUUAUUGUAUAUAAA